UAAAGUUUCUGAUACGUAUUCCGAAUCAUGGAAUAAAAGUAAAAGAAAACAUUCCUUUUGUAGCGUGUGCGUCAGUCUAUAAUAAAGUUCGAACCGGUAUCAUCGAGUGGCAUUUGAAGCAAUACGUCGACGAUAGCACAGGAUACCUCUAUCUAUAAAAGGCGAAUGCAAUAGAUAAACGCUCAGUAGUACCGUGUAUGUAAUAUCUGGAAAACGAAGCACAGUUGAAGUAAGAGUUUGGAAUCGCCUGUCAGUUGAAUCACGAAUCAAGCGUUAGACGAGUCCCUAAUCCAUCUCCGAUCCCGCUCAGGAUGAAUCCGCACGUAAUUAUCUUGCUGAGCCUGGCGGCAAUAAUAUCGGCGGCGAAUGAGCCGAUAGCCAUCAUCAAGCAGGAACAGGACAUUAGCCCGGACGGUAGCUUCUUCACGAAAUGGGAGAGCGCGAACGGGAUAACCUUCGAGGAACGGGGCGUACAAAAGAACCCCGGCCAGAAGGACAAAGAGGCUGAGGAGGUGCGCGGCUCGGUGACGUGGACCGCGCCUGACGGACAGAAGAUUAAUCUCGGCUGGCUGGCGGACGAGAACGGCGCCACUUUCCAAGGGGCGCAUCUGCCGACCCCGCCACCCCCGCCGGAAAUUCCGCCCAUCAUCCAGCGCGCCCUCGACUGGAUAGCCGCUCACCCCUACAAGGAGGAGAGAAACAAAGUUUAAUCGCUGACGUGCCUUUGCUACGAACAACGUUGAACAAUCAUGUUUCAGUUGUACAUGUUUAACUUGACAUCAUAUGUAAAAAUAAAAAGGAUAUAAAAGUCAUAUAUAUAUAUA